UAAGAUUUAAAACAUCAAGUGGAAUAAAGCUACAAGUGAUGUUUUAUAGUUAUAUUUUUACUCUCCGACUAUUUUAAAUAUCAAAAGUUUACCUGUCUCGAUAUAUCUUGUUGUCGUCAAUCUUUGUUUACAUAUAUCUCUCGUUUAACUGCAUUUUUCACGUAGCGCUGUCCAUACUUCAUUCCAAAACCUCAGUGACUAUUUAAAAUCAUCGGAUUUUUGUCUCGACAUCGUUGUUACGAUUUGUCUUCAAACUCGUUUUGCGGACACUUGAUGCCUGACAACUUUCUCGUCAUCGCACAAGCUUGCAAUUUUCCCUGGUGCGUGUUGUGCUCCAAGAAAGAGAAACCGCUAAAAUACCCGAGACCUUCACUACUACAUCCACCACGUUAUGCUCUGUCUCUGUCUCCAGGCAACUUUAACAGCAAAGCGGAAAAUUAAAAAAAACAAAACAAAAAAAAAAAAACAACCAAACAAACAAAAACGACCCCUGUCUUAGUUGCUUUAAUGUCUGCCAGGCCUGGGCGCUGUCAUCAUAAAUUAAAGGACUUGGUGAACACAAACAAAGCUCACGUUCCGAAUUCUGACGCGACAUGAAGCGCGCCAUCUGUCGCGGGUAGAAAUUGUUGCACGUGUCUCGCGCCAUCGUUAUCAAACUGCUGACGUCGGGAUGCAAGCGUCAUGCGGGUGCAUGUCUGGUCAAGCAUUGAUCAGGCCUGCAAACACGCGGGUCAUGCAAAGUUGAAGCGCAGGCUUAUCAUCGCCAACAUGUAAUGCGUGAGUGACGAGAGUUCGGCGGUGGAUCCCAUUGAUCGACACCAGCAUCUCAUUAGCAUACGGAGUGAGACCGAGUGGUAAGCAGUUUCUACAUCGCACCGUCUAGUGCUACCUUCUGCACUCUCGUCAGAGACCAGCUCCUCGCACUUCCGGGUGAAUGAGGCACGUUAGCAAGAUCGUCGACAUUAUCAUCGAUGGCCUGUCUGAGACUGAACAAGCCACUCCGCUGUUUGGUGAUGAUGUCGGAGUCUGUGUGGUUGGCGUGGUCAUCUGCAUAGUAGUUGACAUAUCGGCGUGGAUGAGGGCAGAUAUCAAGCACGCUUACAGCUGGAAGUGGAUUGAAACAAAUGAGAAGCAAGCUGUGCUCAGACAAGAAAAAAAAGAAAAGACAUUUCCAUGGAAACCAUUCAAAGUGGCAGAAGUUGAUUGUGCCAGACUUUUCUCUGGAGAUGAGGAAGAAUUCAACCAUUCUAUAAAAAUCGUGGAUAAGCUGCCCGUAUUCCCACAAUGGAAAGCAUCAGCAGCCUUGCGAAGAACUGUAGUGUCUUCAGGAAGGAGAACGGGUUCAUCAUGAGCUCUCUGACGAGGGAGGAAAGAAAAUUUCCCAUUGCCUACAGCAUCCUCGUCUUUAAGGACGCCUACCAGGUGGUGAAGCUGUUACAAGUCAUCUAUCGACCUCAAAAUGUCUACUGCCUCCACGUCGACAACAAGUCUGACACUUCAUUUCAUGACACAAUGGCAGCCAUAGUUAACUGCUUCGACAACGUAUUUCUGACCUCACGAAGAGUUGAAGUUCUCUGGGGGAGGUUCACUGUGCUGGAACCGGAACUGAUCUGCAUGAAAGACUUGUGGGCAUUUAAGAAAUGGAAAUAUUUUAUCAACCUGACUGGACAGGAGUUUCCACUGAAAACCAACUUAGAAAUUGUUCGUAUUUUAACAGCAUACAACGGGGCCAACGAUAUAGAAGGUACUGUGGAAAGGGCCAACAAAGGACGCUGGGCAUCAGCAGGUCCGCCCCCGCACGGCAUCGUCCCAGUGAAGGGGUCAGUGCACAUCGCUGUCAACAGGGACUUCGUGGACUACGUUCUCCACAGUCCAGUGGCUCAAGACUUUCUCAACUGGACUCAGCGUGUUUUUAUUCCUGAUGAGGCGUUCUUCUCCACCCUCAACCACAACCCGCAGCUUGGCAUCAGAGGUUCUUAUAAAGGUCCUCCUGAAACGGAUGCAUUAAUCAAACCAUUCCUGACUCGGUUCAAGAACUGGGGAACCCAUCUCUUUGGGUACAAAUGCGCUGGUGGACUGCGCGUGCGCCAGGUGUGCAUCUUGUCAACAGGUGACCUGCCUUUACUGGACACGCGCCCAGAGAUGUUUGCCAACAAGUUCUACCAGGACUACAGUCGUGUGGCACUGGAGUGUCUACAUGAACGACUGUACAACCGCACGAGGGACGAGUUCUUAGGCAAGAUGGACUUUAAUGCGAGUUAUUAUAAAAGUCUGGCCUACUUGAAAAAUAUUGUGACAGCGGAUGAGGCCAAGAAGAAUCGUGAGCUUGAUCCAAAAUUGUAGGAUUAGCAUUUCUGUCAUGGUAGGCGUGAGCAUCUUGAACAUGUUUCUGUGUUCCUAAUAAAAAGGAUUUUAUA